CAAAAAGGCCGACGGUAGAGAGACAGGAGAUUUCCUCCCAGAGGACUUCAAAAAUGGAGAAUAUGAAGCUGCGUAAGGUUAGAGAACAAGAGGACCUGAAGACCCUCACGGACCACUCAGUGGCACGGCACAAUCUGACCUACAAAGAAGAGAAAGCGCUAGAAGCUGAGAUCAAGAAAAAGAAAUUAGAGGCAAGACCAAAACUUGAGAGCUUGGAAGAUCUUGAAAAAAUCAUUCAGCUGAAGAAAAGGAAAAAAUUCAAGAAGGUUAAAGUGCCCGUUGUAAAGGAGCCUGAGCAAGAAGUUAUAACUGAACCCGUGGAUGUUCCAACAUUUUUAAAGGCUGCCUUGGAGAACAAGAUGCCAAUAAUUGAAAAAUACCUGGCAGACAAAGGAGAUCCAAACGUUUGUGAUGAGUACAAGCGCACAGCCUUGCACAGAGCAUGCUCAGAAGGGCACCUGGCAGUUGUGGAGAAGUUAGUAGAAGCAGGAGCCCACCUUGAAUUCCAGGAUAUGCUUGAAUCCACAGCUAUUCAUUGGACCUGCCGUGGGGGCAAUGUGGAAAUCCUGAAGUACUUGCUGAACAAAGGAAUAAACAGGAAUGCUAGAGAUAAGUUGCUCAGCAGUCCUCUACACGUGGCUGUAAGGACAGGUCAGUACGAAUGUGGGGAGCACCUCAUCGCCUGUGAAGCAGAUCUCAAUGCCAAAGACAGGGAAGGAGAUAGUCCUAUGCACGACGCAGUGAGACUGAAUCGUUAUAAAAUGAUUCGACUCCUGAUCAUGUAUGGUGCCAACCUAAACAUGAAGAAUGCUGAGGGGAAAACUCCAAUGGAUCUUGUUCUGCAGUGGCAAAAUGGCACCAAAGAAAUAUUCACAGCCUGA